UGACCGAGGACCCUGGAGGUUAUAUACUCCACAUCUCACUACGAAGGUACAUUUAAACUGAAGUGUGGGGUGUGGACAGGCGUGAGAGCGAGGAGACAUUUACAACAGCACCCGGUCGUUUCUCAUCAGGGAUAAAUCAGACACAUCGGGCAUCUUCCUCUUUAUUUCUUGGGGAAUUUGUUUGGAAACCUUUCAGACAUGUCCAAUGUCCAGUUAUCGUGCAGCGCGCUGGAGAGGCUGGUGGCCAGGAGGACCUUCCCUCUCCACAGGCGCACCAGCGUCUGCCGCAACCUCUUCGGGCCGGUAGACCACGACGAGCUGAGCCGGGAGAUGACAGCCAAGAUGCGGGAGAUUUCCGAGCGCGACCAGCAGAGGUGGAACUUUAAUUUCGAGGCCAACACUCCGCUGGAUGGGGAUUACAAGUGGGAAGAGGUGCCCGUGGAUAACACGCCGGAGUUUUACCAGGACUCGGUACAAAACGACAGGACCCGGGUGCCCGUCAAGCAGAGGCCCUCCUCGGACUCCGCCGUGCCGGAGACGCCUCUCACGGACGCGCUGGAGCGCUUGGCCGUGCCCGAGAGCAGCGGCACUCCGUGCCAGGUGGAGGUCAAGGAGAACCGCACGGACAAGAUCAACUCAGGGAGGACGAGUCACAGACAGGUCCCGUGUCUGAGACGCAAGAGGGCUGCCACUACUGACAACAACACACACAUCACAGACUUUUUCGUGAAACGAAGGAGGGCUGCUGACAGAAAACCCAGUGACACGGGUGCGUGCCACCUCUCCAAGUCUCCGAUCCCGGUAGAGCAGACUCCACGGAAGAGGAUCCGUUGAAGGUGUACACUCACACCCCGUUCGUUUUCUUGUUGCACUACUUGCCUGCGCAAUUUUUUUCGUUGAGGAUCGAGGAGGAGGCGAAGAUGGUUGGUCCGCCCCACCCCGGGGACGGUGCGGGAGAAAGGGCGCACGGCCGGGGCUCGGCUGCCUCUGCUCGGCUCGGCUCGGCUCGGCGCGGCGCACCGGGACCAGACUCUCAGGAUCGCACGGUUUGGGUUCAGGGGGAAGGGAUGACAAAUAUCGCCGAGUGACAUCUAUCCAGUACAAAUGUAGCAUUCAUUAUUGCUUUUGCAUACAGCCACUCGACAGUGUUAAUGUUUUAACAUCUGUGCAAUCCUAAAAAACUUAAAUAAAUAAAAAAUACACUGGCCAAAAAGUGUACAGCUUUAUAGAGACAAUAGCCUAAAUAAAUGUUUUAUUUCUGUUCUGUUUUUUCUCUGUAAAUUUAUAUUUUUAAGACUAUUCUAACUUAUAAUUUAUUUAUGUUUCUUUAUAUUGGUCAAAUGCCUUGUUGAUUUAGCCAAAGGGCAUAUUUUUAUUUUAUUUUGUUAUUUACAUUUGUUUCAUUGUGAUGUUUUGCAAUCAUGUAGCUUCCCCAUAGUCCACACUUGAAAAAUAGGUUUUCUUUGUGUUUCUGAGCCGUUUGUUUUCUGUGUUUUGUUUCAUACCUUCAAGUGCCCUAAUCAUGUCUUGCAAAAAAAGAUGGGAAUAAAAUAUUUUUCACUUCAAUUUAAA